GUGUUCGAGUUUGGUUCGAUCAGUCAGUUAUCCAGUCAGUUAUCCAGUCAGUUAUCCAGUCACUUAGUCAGUAUGUCCACGAAACUUUUCAUCGGAGGCCUCGCCUGGGCCACUGACGACGUCUCCCUCCGUCAACGUUUCCAGGAGUUCGGUCAGAUCGACGAUGCUGUUGUCAUCAAGGACCGCGAGACCGGCCGCUCCCGCGGUUUCGGAUUCGUCACUUUCUCAACCGCUGAUGAGGCCGACGCCGCUGCCAAGAGCAUGGACGGACAGGAGCUCGACGGACGCUCGAUCCGUGUUGACAAAGCCUCUGAGCGCUCCGGUGGCGGAGGUGGUGGUGGUGGAUUCCGCUCCGGAGGUGGAGGCGGAUACGGAGGAGGAGGCGGUUACGGCCGUCAGGGUGGAGGUGGAGGAUACGGUGGUGGUGACUCCUACAGUGGUGGUGGUGGAUACCGCGGUGGAAACCGUGAGGGCAACGGCGGUGGUUACGGUGGUGGAGGCUACGGUCGCCAGGAGGGUGGCGGCAACGGCGGCAGCUGGUAA